AUGUCCGGCAAAAUCGCAAAGACUCUAGCCCGCCAAAAGGAGAAAAUCGCAGAAGGCAACUUCUACGAAGCACACCAACAACUCCGCGUCAUCACCGCCCGCUACCUCAAGGCCGGCGACUACCCGUCCGCCUGCGACGUGCUGUACAAUGGCGCCCUGCUCCUUCUGCGCGCCGGCCAGGGCGGCUCCGGCGGAGACCUGGCGCUCAUGCUGUUGAACGACGUCUACGUCAAGGGCGAGUGGGAGUGUACUGCGGAGAACAAGAGGCGGCUGAUCGACAUCCUGCGUGCGUUUCCGCGCGGCGAGCCCACUCGGAAGAGAUUUGUUAAUGAAGUCGUCGCGUGGUCUGGUAGGUUUGGGGACGUGGAGAGGGGGGAUGGGGAGAUUCAUCAUGAGGCUGGACGGGUUUAUGCUGAAGAAGGACAAGUCUACGACGCAGAACGACACUUGAUCCUCGGCACCCCCGAGUCCGCUCCAAUCCUCGCGUCGCUACAUUACACAUGGUACACACUGGACCAGCCGCACCUGGCGCCCAUCUACGCCUCCCGCUCUGUCCUGCCGUACCUGGUGGUCGGCAACCUCGCGUCCGCCAACGCCGCCCUCGCCACCUUCACCUCGCUGCUAACCGCGUCCAACCCGGCCCUGCUGGCCAUGUCGCAGCCCCUGGAAUCCAGCAAGUCCGGCCUCAGCCUGCGCAUCUUCCCGUCCAUCCCGCUGCUCAAUUUCCUGGCCCUGCUCCUGCUGGCCGCGCAGAAGGGCGACGCCUCCCUGUUCCGCCAGCUCGCCAAGUACUUCGCCCCGCAUCUCAAAGACACAGAGGGUCUGUGGAGCGACGCGCUGGCCAACAUCGGUGAGAUCUGGUUCGGCAUCAGGAUUCCUCGCCAGGGUGGGAAUCCCUUGUUCGAUAUGAUGGGCAGUAUGCUUUUCGGUGGAGGUGGAGGUGGCAGUGCUGGUGCUGGCGCGAAAGGCACGCCCAAGCUGACUCCGGCUCCGGCUAAGAAGGAGAUCGAGAAGCCGCCGACCAUGGAUCUGGAUUGA